GCUACGGUCUUAUCUACGCCAAAAUUAUACCCAGAUUUCCCGCUACUGCCGCUGGUUAGUUGGCACGUCAAACAUUUGAAACUAAAACAACCCCAAGAUGUUCUGCCUAAGCUCAAAUUCCUCUCUGCAUCUGCUAGAAAUCUCCUCCAUCUCCAUUUCCAUGCACCUCCUUUCACCUCCCUCUAUAUCUAAUCAUGUCUGUUAACAAAAAUCUUUCCAGGCAUACCUCCCUGUUCGGCCUUAGAUUAUGGGUUAUUCUAGUUGCUUUCACUAUACUCUUCACUGUUCUCUUCCUUAUCACCAUUUUCCUCUGCAUAAUCUAUCUUUGUCGCCAAAAGUCCAGAUCCUCCAAACCUCAUUUCAGUUUACCGAACGCAAUUUCUCGCAAGAACUAUUGGACUUGUAAUAAUACAUCAUCUCUAGACAGGAGACUAUUGUCGAGCCGAAUAUCGGAGAUUGAGAUGAACAUUGCUAAGCUCGACCACCAUAGUUCGGUGGUGGUAUCGCCUCAGGCUAGUGGAAUGAUCACAAUUCAAAGAAGUGGUAAUCUUGUGUCUGAUUUGGAAUCGGUUGCUAGGUAUUCGUUUAUGGCUUCAGAUGCGUGGAGAGGAAAUAGGUUUUCUUUAAGGGACAUUGAUGUGGUGACUAAUGGAUUUUCUGAUGAGAAUUUGAUCGGAAACGGCGAGUUUAGUGGUGUUUAUCGUGGCAUUUUGUUGGAUACUACGAGAGUGGCAGUAAAGAGACUUUUCAGUAAGAGUGUUCAAGUUGAUGAUUUUAUGAAUAAAGUGGAGCUAAUAGGACAUGUUAGACACAAGAAUUUAAUCAAAUUGCUUGGAUAUUGUACGGAAGGAGGUUACAGAAUGCUUGUGAAUGAGUAUGUGGAUAAUGGUAAUCUGCAUCAAUGGCUUCAUGGAUGUCAAGAACAAGUCAGCCCCUUAACAUGGAGUAUAAGAAUGAACAUUAUCCAAGGAGUAGCAAAAGGAUUAGCGUACCUUCAUGAGGAUAUCGAACCGAAGAUUGUUCAUCUAAAUCUAAAAUCUACCAACGUACUGCUUGAUCACCAAUGGAAUCCUAAGAUUUCUGAUUUUGGAAUUGUUAAGCUUUUUGGUACCGAGGGAAAUGACUUAACAACUAGUCUUUCUGGUUACUCAUCUCAAGAAUAUGCUUCUAAUGGAGUUUUAAAUGAGAAGACCGAUGUUUAUAGUUUUGGAAUACUUGUAAUGGAGAUCAUAUGUGGAAGAAAACCAGUAGAUCACAAUCAAUCCCAAAUAUAUUUGAUUGACUGGUUGAAAUCCAUGGUUGCCAACCAGAAAAUCAUGUAUGUGGCAGAUCCUAAAUUGACAGAUAUACCGAAUUCAAAGGAUCUCAAACGCAUACUCUGCCUCGCUCUUCGAUGUGUUGAUCCCGAUUUACAGCAUAGGCCUACGAUGGGAGAUGUGAUCCACAUGCUUGAGCCACGUGAUUUACUACUAAGUGAUAUUCACGAACGUCGGCUUAGGAGAGACUCUUCAUCUCAUCGAAUUUGCUCUCAGGAGAGUCAGAUUGUUGCAAAAUCAAUUGAGGAUGAAUUUAAUACACGUGAAGGGGAAAGCAGCUGUAAUGUCUAUCAGAAAAUGAUGUCAAAAUGAGACAAAGAAGAGAGGUCAUAAUUUCAAUAUAUAUAUCCAUACAUUUAUUUGAUGGUCAUUUGCAAUUACAUUAAUCAUAAGAGUUCAACGGAAGCUUUUGUUAUCUGUUCCAAUGAUAGUUGGUUAAAUAAGCUAAAUAACAGCACAAAUAUGCUAUUUUUUUGUUCUUUUUA